AAGUUUGUUUUUUAAUGUAUUUAUAGUAAGGUAUAUAAUUCAUUUUAUUAUUUUGGAUUAAACUUAAUCUAGACAUAAAUUUUUCAAAAUUGAAAGGUUACAUGUUUGAGUUCAGCUCAUGUAAGAAAGCCUCUUGCAAAGAUAGCCUCGUGCAUGGGGGAUACCCUGAGCCUCCUCGUUUAUCAGGGGACAAAUAUUGAAGCAGGUUAGGAUCCUCUAUAGGGUCAGGCAUACCAAUGUCUCCCAACCCAUUCUGUGGGGUCUGCUAAACUCCCACCCUAUAUAUGCUCGCAUAGGGCACUUCCAAAAUUUUAAAGAGCAGGAGAAUCAUUAUCGUAUCAACGUUUCACCAUUUAUGCUCAAGCAGGGAAGUCUUUCAUCUUUAGGGGAAAAAAAUCUUAUGGAAAAAACCUGAUAACUAAUACUCCACACCACUGGAUAUGAAAAAUUUUGUCAAGACUGAAUCUAUAUACUUGUAGUGUAAGAUAAGAGUGGAACUCACAGUAAACCAUAUAGACCUGGUCUAAGUAAGUUUGUUCACUAGUGGAUAUAUAUAUAGACAUAUCCUUUACAUGGGCCUACCAAACAAGUUCAGCAUCAGAAAAUGAAAUUUCCACUUGGAGCUUUCAUGCUUUCAAUUUUUUUACUUAACUGUAAAGCAAAACAUUAUGGCAGUGAUACCCACAUUUUCAUAUAGCUAAUAUCCAAGUUACUAUUUAUUAAUUAAUAAUACAAAUUAAAAUCUUGCAAUAAUACACAUUUGUUUGCACCUUACUUAUAAAUUCUACUCUCAAUUCCUUACUCACUCCCUCUUCCAUUAAGGGUCUAAGAAGCACUCUACCUGAAAAUUUUCUUCAUGGCUGAGUUUACAGAAUAUUUGCAGAGGCUCAGACCUUCUCAGCCUUUCAUGGAGAUGGAUAUGAACGCCCAGAUGUUCAAGCAACUACCAGAGAUAAAUUCAAGCCCCUUAGAGAAUUUCAGUGUCCCUGACUUCUCAGUAGACUCUUUCUUGGCCCACCACCAACAACCACCACCAGAUCAAUUUCCAGCAAGCUACGAUCACUGUGGUUUUUCAAGUACUUUUCAUCAGCCUGACAUCUUGAAUUCUGCACCAGUGGUUCACGCUGUCACUUCCACCUCGAGUCAGAAUGUUUUAACUAACAGCUGCAAGAAGAGAAAAGCAGAUGCACAAUCAAUCAGCAGUUCUUCCAAGAACAUUUCUCCUACAGCCUCUACUACCAAUACAAAGAAAAAGAAUUUAGGCAGAGGUAGAAAAGGGAAGAACAAAGAGAAAGAAGUAGAUGAAGCAGAAGAAGUUGUUCAUGUUAGAGCAAAAAGAGGCCAAGCUACUGAUAGUCAUAGUAUAGCAGAAAGGGUAAGAAGAGAGAAAAUCAAUAACAAGUUGAGAUGUUUGCAAGACCUUGUCCCAGGAUGUCACAAGUCAAUGGGAAUGGCAGUCAUGCUGGAGGAGAUUAUCAAUUAUGUCCAUUCAUUGCAGAACCAGGUUGAGUUCCUUUCUAUGGAGCUUGCAGCAGCAAGUUGUUCUUAUGAUUUCAACUUGGAAACAGAAUCUUCCAGAAAGGCUCAGGGAACAAAUUCACCUGGGGCACAAGAGAGGCAGAAAUGGUGGAGAGAAGGAAAUGGAGAGCUGGGUUACUUCCAAUCAACAUGGUCCAUUUGACUGGUAUUUUUUGGCCAUUAGUGUGUUGUUGCUAGCUACAGAAGCACAUGAACAUGCCUCCCAUCCAUUUUCCUACAAGACAACUGUGUCUCUAUAUAUGUAGCAGACAUGCAAAUGAUAUUUUCGUUACUUCACAAAAAGGUCAAGAAACAAAUACAAAAAACGAAGAGAAUUAUAUUUCUGUUUAUUUGUCGAAUUUUAAGGGUUUGAUUUUCUUUUCUUUUCUUUUCCAAUUUGACUGAAAGAAUUUGUGGUUUCUAGUGUUUCUAUACAUGUACUGAUAUUGACCUGUCGACAAGAGCACUGAACCACAGCUGGUCCUGGAUAGAUCUUGACUUCUCUUGUAUUGCCUCUUUUAAAUAUUUAUGUCCAUUAAUUAUGCGUCAUUUUUUAAAC